AUAAAAACUAAAAAGAAAAACCCUAAAGAAAUACGUUAUCGUACGUUUUUGCCGGUAUAUACCUGCAUCAAUUCACCAUUUUGCAUUAGGAAAUUUGCGAAAUUCAAUAGUCGAAAAUGCCGAAAAAUAAGCCGAUUAAGAAGCAAAGCGAAUCUUCAGAUUCCGACUCUGGCCCUGAAGAUAGAGGCCCCGCAAAGAAACAGAAGGUCGCAUCCUCGGAAGAGAACUCGUGGUCGUUAGGCAAAAAUCGUUUCGUUAAAUUGACGGAGUUUAAAGGAAAGUGGUAUGUUAAUAUCCGGGAGUUUUACGAUGCUGAUGGUGAGUUAAAACCCGGCAAGAAGGGCAUCAUGCUCACUAUGGAGCAGUGGCAUAAAUUUAAGGAGAUUGUACCCGAACUUGAGGAAGCUGUUAAGAGGAAUGUGUAAAUUAAUUAAUGUAAAGGUUUUGAUCAGAAUUACGUUUUGUUUUUCUUGUAUGUAAGGUCUUAUUUCUUAAUGUAUUUAGAAAAUUAUAAAUAAAUGGUCCUUUAUUGAAUA